AUGGUCCCUGCCCCAGACACUGGUCAACCAAGCGAUCUUCAGGGUGCAAUCGCGCACAACAAGGGGUUCAUCGAGAUCCACACGCCCAAGAUCCAGGGCGCGGCGACGGAGUCCGGCACAAGAGUCUUCAAGCUGGGCUACUUCGAGCAGACUGCCUUCCUGGCCCAGUCGCUCCAGCUGGCCAAGCAGAUGGCCAUCGCCGCCGACUUCGAGCGCUUCAUCGGGCUCGAUCUUGAGAUGGCCAUCAACAAACACUACCAUGAGGCCGUCGACCUGCUCAACAGACUCUUCCUGUCCAUCUUCAGAGGUCUCCAGGCCUCCUCUGCCCCGGAGAUCCAGACCAUCAAGUCCCAGCACCCCCUCGAUGACUUCACCUUCCUCGAACAGACCCUCUGCCAAGGAGGCCGUCCAGAUCCUCAUCGACAAAGGCAUUGA